ACUGUUGAGGGUCAAUGCUAGUUCAGUGCCACUCCUGCAAGGCUGCGGUCACUAGAUCACCGCGAAUCGCGCGUUGUCUCUUCUCCUGUCAUGCACUCUUCAUCAUGUGUUUUUGACUCUUAUUAUUGUCCUCUAACUGAUUGUUGAUCGAUCGAGAGUUUGCAAUGGAGACUUGUGUCCUCAUUCCGCAGGAAUUCAGUCUUUGCGUCCGAGGUCCUGCACCGCGACGCACCGCCGAACCUGAAGUUUCAGUUUGGUCAAAUACCAGCAUCGCGCAAGGAUCGCUCUGUUAUCCUUUCCAAGGGACGAUCCGGAUUGAUAAGCUGGAUGUCUACGGACAGCUUGAUGAUGAUGAUAUUCGGCACCGUUUCGGAUGCUACGACGAAAUCUCCGGAAGUGGCUCCCGGAGGGUGCGCCACUGCAACUGGGUCCGGUUCGUGAGGGUGGCCAGUUCCUUCAAUCCGGCGGUUAAUUUCGUCGCAACGAAGGUUAGGGGUGAACCGGUUUACGAAGCGGUUAAACCGAUUUCGCCCGAUACGGAAUUACUGGUGUAUUAUUUACCGGAAAGGCCGGAAGAACUGUUUUUUGUGAGGAUGAGGGCGUCGCUCUACCGCCAAACGAUGGACUCGAUCCUUGAAGACUCUCCCCUCGACCUCUCCAUGUCCCUCCUCUCUCGGGCCUUGAGUGGCUCUCCCCCCUCUGCUGAAGACGAGCGAAAAUCGGUUUCAGGAGACAGUUCAGCGGCCAGCUCGCAGGGCGACCUCCCUGAAGCCACCGUCCCCACCCCCAGAGCACGGCCCCGCGAACGCACUUUACUCCCUUGUGGAGUAUGCAACAAAGCCUUCGACCGCCCUUCCCUCCUCAAAAGACACAUGCGGACGCACACCGGCGAGAAACCGCACGUGUGUAUGGUGUGCGGAAAAGGCUUCAGCACCUCCUCCUCCCUCAACACACAUCGACGCAUCCACAGCGGGGAAAAACCCCACCAGUGUCCCGUGUGUCUUAAGCGAUUCACAGCCUCCUCCAAUUUAUACUACCACCGAAUGACGCACAUCAAAGAUAAACCGCACAAAUGCAAUCUCUGCUCCAAGUCCUUUCCGACUCCGGGCGAUCUCAGGUCGCAUAUGUAUGUCCAUUCCGGGUCGUGGCCCUUCAAAUGCCACAUUUGUUCACGGGGUUUCUCCAAACACACGAAUCUCAAAAAUCAUCUAUUCCUACACACUGGUGACAAACCGCACGCUUGCGACCUCUGUAACAAGAAAUUUGCGCUGGCUUGUAAUUUGAGAGCCCACAUGAAGACCCACGAGGGCGACCCCCAGGAGGAGUGCACCAGGUGCGGCAAGACGUACAUCUGCAGCGGCGCCCCCGACCUGUGCCCCAAGUGUCGGCUGGCGACGCAGAAAACCGCCCCCGGAGACUCCGCCGAGGACUCCAGCGGCAACCACACGGAGGACAGCAACACUCCAGAGUGAUUUUUCUUAGUGAUUAUUUAUUUAUUGUUGACUGCCAUGGGACCGUGUCCGGUUUUGCAUAAAUUACGAGUACAAACAAAAUGGAAUCAUUUUUUAUUGAAACAUCAAUUAGUUGACACGAUAGGAGAGACAGAUAAUUAUUAUAACGGCUCUAAUCUGACGACCGUGACUGGAUUUGGUUGACAUAUCGGACAUCGGACUCCAAUUAAAACAUGGGAGGAUUAUUGGAUAUGUCCGAGGUUUGGAAAAGCGCCGACUAUGAAAAAUGUGAUGGGAGGCAUCCGGUGCCCACGCCACGCCAGAGGCGGACUGAAAAAAUUCGCCCAAACUGCUAAAUAAAGCACUUAUCUCAGAUAAAUGUUUAAAUAUUCAAAACCUGAAAAUUUGAGCUACAUUUUUAUGGAAAACGAUAUAAUUAUAAAAAAAAUUAAUUAUAAAAAUUAACUACAAUGUGAUUCAGCUGAAAUAAAAAAGAAUUCAAACAGUUGAAAUUUAUUUUCUACUAAGAUUAACUAUAAAACACUCAUUCAUCAUAUAUUAUAAUUUAUUGUCAAAAAAAAUACAGAAAAAUAUUCAUUAAUCCAAAUUUUUAUUCAAAAAAAGUGCUUAAACAAUGUUUUUUACAAAAAAAAUCUUAAUAAAAUUGUUGCUAGCACCAAAAUUACGUUUACCGUUUGAAUUUGUCAUUUUUACUUAAUUAGUCAAUUUUAAUUACAAAAAAGGACAAAAAAAAUACAUGCAAUAAGUACCUACUUCUAAAAACAUUUUUCUCGUAGACUCACCCUUUAUAAUAUGGCCAAUUUUUAUUUAUUACAGUUUAAUGUUAAAAUAAUUGGUAACACAUGGUGAAGUUUUUUUUAUUAAUACAGGAUGAUUCAAAAUGAAUGUCUUACAGAAAUCUAUUUUUUUGACAAAAAAACAAUUUAAAAACUGUCAGUAAUCAAAGCAAAAAUACAAGCUUACUCCAAAUUAUUUAAAAAAACAAUAGUUGAUACAUAUCUAGAGAUUUAACUUAGCUCACUAUAAUCUACAGGGUGAGUCUGUUAAAAGUAUUUUCUGCAAUAACUAUAAAACUAGCAGAUGUACAGCAAUCAGAGUUUGAGCAUUAUAAUUACUAAAAUUAAAAAUAUGAAAAUAAUAAUCGGAAUUUUUGUUUGAGGAUUUUUUUAUAAAAUUAUUAUUUCAUUACGUUUAUUUAAAUUUUUAAUUUUAACUUAGUUAAUAUAGAAUAAAAAAAGUAUCUACUUAUAUUUAAUAGCAAACUCUGUCCGAUUAUUAGUUUUUGAGUAUAGUAGAAAUAUUCUUUUAAUAGACCAACCCUGUAUAAUGUGGUUAAUUUGUAUUUUUUUACGAUUAAAUGUUAAAUAAAUGCUAAACCUAUGGUGUUUUGGUGAAGAUAUUAAAUUGUUAAAUUGAGUAAUAGUUAAGUCACUCUGUAUAUGAAAAGGCACCACAGUUUUUUAUUAAUACAGGAUGAUUCAAAAAGAAUGUUUUUUAAAAAUCGAUUUUUUUUCUUUUGGCAAAAAUACAAGAUGUUCUAGUUGAAACCGCAGGUAGGAAUAAUCGUUGUCCAAGUCUAUUCACCUUCUACAUUAAAAUAAUUUGAUAUAAAUUAAUACAUUUGAAAGAAAACUGUUGUGAUAAUUUAACGACUGCUUAUUUUUUUGCAACUAACAAAUAGUAACAGGAAAAAAUUGAAAAAAGUAACACCCCUUGAUUAAUUAUACUUAUCUCAGCUGAGCCACUUUGUAGGCAAAAUAUCGCUGAAAAUUUUGAUUUUGAAUCAAAGACGAAUGUGAAAUUUUGUAUUUUUUGCGAAUGUUUGUGUCGUUUCCAGUCCGCCUCUGCCGCUUCUCACCUCUCAAAUCGAAUCGAAUAAAAAAAAAGCGCAAUCUCAUCGCGUUUCCCUUCUUCGACUUUAUGAAUAUGCAUAUAUACAUUGCGAACGAGCGCACAUCUUAGAGAUAAACUUGUAAAUAGUACAAGAGUACAAGAAUAUUAAUAGAGUAAUAAGAAUCAAGUAAUGCAGCAUUAGUAAUUGUGAUUAUGAGCUGCAUAAAUAAUGUAAAUAGGAGAAUUUUUAUUAUUACUCAUAUAUCGUCAAUACUCUUAUUAAGAAAAUAGUUUGAAUACCAAAUAACAAAAAAUUCAUUUACAUUUAAGGCAAAUACUGAUGACAGUUCAAUUUAUUUUCUAGUUAAUAACUAUAUCGCUCUAUUUUUACACUAUUUGUACGACUAGGAGUUAAACGACGCUCAGUUAGCUUAGCUUGUACAGGUUAACAUAUUGUAUCUAGUCAAAUGUGUUAUAUUUUUAUCAUUAUUUUAUGCUUUGUACUUAAUUUGAAUAAAUAUCUUUGCUUGUAUAA